AUGAGACUACCAGGUUCAAAAACAGAGACACCGGCGCCGUCGGCCGACUUCUCGAAGUCGGAGAAUAAGGGACUCCAAAUAGGCCAAAAUUUCGGAAAUAUGGAGGCUUCGUUCUAUAGUGAUUCAAUUCAAGGAAUCAACAUUGCUGCGGGGGCAUCCGUAUUUAUGGGUGAACAUAAAACCGUUGAAGAUAAGCUCCUUGACAUUCUUAUCGGCGGGAAUUCAAAAGACAGAGUCGAUAUAGCUCAAGCAGCGCGUGGAACAUGCGAAUGGAUCUUUGAGAGUACCACAUUCCGCAACUGGGCCCAAAGUGAUUUCUCGACAACUGGGCCGCUCUAUUUCCAAGGAAUUCCCGGGAGUGGUAAAAGUGUGUUGCUGAAGUUUCUUAUCAAGGAAAUUGAGAAACGAUUGCGUGUCGGGACCCCGUCUCUUUCAUCCCCGGUGAAUGAGGACCCCCCGCCGAACUGGGUAUCCCCGGGAAGACGAUUGCGGUUAAUCCAGAAGAAUCGAAAACUGGUAAAGCAUGUACAGAACCAUGUCCAGAACAUCGAGGAUCUAGACACGAUGGGCUCUGAUUUGGAUGAGUUCCAGUCUCGCGAUGUUCUCCAAAAGAUUCUGGAAGAGCUCAUCCCAGAUUCGGAGGUGGAGGUUGUCUAUUUUGUCAUCGAUGGGUUAGAUCAGUGUGGACCACAUCUUCCUGCGGUUGUGCGGAUGGUCCAUGAGCUUUCUGCAAAGAUGAAUGCCGAAGCCAGCAAACAGGGCCAGCAAUUCAGCUUGCGUUGCAUUAUCUCCGACCGAGGGAGUAAAAUCGUCCGCGACAAAAUGCUCCCCGAGAAUAUUAUCGAUAUGCCGACAGAGAAUCAGCGUGAUAUUGAUGAAGUCACUGACCAUCGGUUAAAGAGUAUUCAGGAAUAUCGGAACUUCAGUGAAAACAUCCGGAAGACUACCACCAAUCUAUUGAAGGAUAACUCUAAGGGCAUGUUCAUGUGGCUAUCGUUGGUUCUGGACGACCUAGGCACUUGGGAGGGUAUCUGGACAGAAACUAAAGUCAAGGAGAAGCUACGCAAUACACCUCUGGAUGUGGCGGCUUUUUACAAGUCGAUGCUUGAACGGCAACCGCGAGACUCUGUCAGAAGAUUGCAAAUGCUGCUCAUGUGGGUCUUUUUUGCCUGUCGACCCAUCACUCUGCAGGAGUUGGACGUGGUUUUGAAAUUGCAAGAAGAAAAAGAAUAUACCUGUGGGAAGAUCCCAGAUGAGGAUAUUGAGGCAUUGAGGAGUAGCAUCGAGGGCAACUGGGGUGCUCUAUUUGCAGUCCACGACAGUGUUGUACACCUAAGUCACCAGUCCGUGAAAGAUUUCUUGGCAGAUGUCUUCAGUGACGAAGGAGUGAAGGAUUAUCCAAAGUACGGGAUGACCCAGGCAGACGCACACCGACAGAUGGCAUCUACCUGUUUGGUAUAUUUACAACUCGAGGAAGUUCAGGGGCGGGAAGUACCCAAGCCUCCGGUCAACAGCGAAGGAAAGAUCGAUGAGUCGCAGCUUAUGACGGUCAGACAAGACUAUCUUGAUGGGUUUCCUUUCCUGCAGUAUUCUGUCGAGUUCGUUGGUCAUCAUCUGAGAGGAAGUCAAAUCCAAGAAGAAACGGAAGUCAAAGGAAUGAAAGAAUUUUUCGCUGUCAAUUCUGCGGCCUUGUCUAGCUGGGUUCGAGCAUACGAUCUGCUGAAACGGUGGACAACUGGAAAGUAUUCGGGGUUCAGCAGCAGUACCAGUCUUCUCUUCGUCGCAGCACGACUCAAUCUUCCCUGGUUAGCGCAGAAGUCAACGACAUGGGUUAAUUACGGCUCACUUCCAUCCGCUAUAUGCGCCCCGGACUCUUCUGGUUGGAGCGCCAUUCAUAUUGCUGCGGAUUCAGAGGCCGUUGGAAUGGUGUCGUGGCUCCUCAAAAAUGGUGCACUUGUGGAUGUCGAAACCCUCGGCCUUCCGCACCUUGGCCGCACUGCCUUGCAUUUUGCUGCUUCCAAGCGCUCUGAAUCCGGGCCCCAAAUGGUUGAGGAGCUGCUAAAAGGAGGCGCGAAGGCGAAUGUUCAGACCAGACAAGGAGGAAACGCACCGCUUCACUAUGCCAUCGAUGGUCGCUCGGUUAAGACAGUGAAGGCCCUACUGGACUCUGGUGCGGAUGUAAAUCUUGCAAACAGAUCCGGUCUUACUGCUCUUCACAAAGCUGCAGCGAUUCCCGGGUUGGAAGAGAUUGUGGAAGUCCUCCUUAACAACGGCGCCGAUCCCAACAAGAAAACCAGCGUGGGAGCCGUUUCAGCGGCCCGAGGGCUCGCGAGUCUCAGGGCCUCUGGGUCUUUGCGGAACACCUAUUAUGCUGUUAAUACAUCUCAUACUGCGCUACAUAUCUCGACUAAGGUCGGAGAUACAGAACGUACCGUGGAGGUUCUGUUAAAGAAUGGGGCGGAUCCGAAUUCCCGAGAUAGUUCUGGACGAACUCCGCUUCACGUUGCAGUAGUCGGGAUAGAACCCACAGCCAACACAAAACUGUUGAUUGAACAUGGCGCUGACGUGAACGUACGGGAUGCAGACGGGAGGACUCCGCUCCUUGUGCUUAUAAUAGCCAUUUGUCUGCAAGCACAGCAUCAACCUCAGUUGUUGAAUGAUGAUCAUGCCUCGCAGGAACGAAUGAUUGCGAUUCUGCUAUCCGCCGGUGCGGAUCCGCUUGCCGAAGGGAACGACAAACAAUCCCCGAUCACCUGCGUCACGCAGGCCAAGCUACAGUGGGCUUCGUAUCUGUUGACGCGGAGUUCCAAUGAAGCAGCCGCUUCCAAAGCGGGCGAUGCCUUGGAUCAGAAAGAUGUUGAAAAGACGGGAUCUCAGAGUGGGCAGAAAGAACCCAAAAAGGGAAUUCUUGAGACUCAGGCAUCGCGAUGGCUUCCUAAGAGGACCAGAUGGUAA